AUGGCCCGUCGUCCCGCCAGAUGCUACCGCUACUGCAAGAACAAGCCUUAUCCCAAGUCCCGGUUCAACCGUGGUGUCCCCGACCCCAAGAUCCGUAUCUUCGAUCUCGGACGUAAGAAGGCCAACGUCGACGACUUCCCAACAUGCGUGCACAUGGUCUCCAACGAAUACGAACAGCUCACUUCUGAGGCUCUCGAAGCUGCCCGUAUUUGCGCCAACAAGUACCUUGUCAAGGUCGCCGGAAAGGAAGGUUUCCACAUGCGUGUCCGUGCCCACCCCUUCCACGUCGUGCGUAUCAACAAGAUGUUGUCGUGCGCCGGAGCCGAUCGUCUCCAAACCGGUAUGCGUGGUGCCUUUGGCAAGCCCAACGGCUCUGUCGCCCGUGUGAACAUUGGCCAGAUCCUUCUGUCUGUCCGCACCCGUGACGCCCACCGCCCCACCGCCAUCGAGGCUCUGCGCCGCGCCAUGUACAAGUUCCCCGGUCGCCAAAAGAUCAUUGUCUCCAAGAACUGGGGCUUCACCCCUCUCCGCCGCGAGGAGUACGUCACUCUCCGCAAGGAGGGCCGUGUCAAGAUCGACGGUGCCUACGUCCAGUUCCACCGCCACCAAGGUCCCAUUGAGAAGAACAUUAAGCGCUUCCCCGAGGCUUACGAGAAUCUUUCCCAGGCUUAG